UGUACAUGGCGCCAGCUGUCACAGUCAUAGAUUAUAUCAAAUCAGACAUUUCAUUAAAAUAUGGUGUGUGUGUGACAAGUGCACACAACGCUGUAUUGUCACCGGGCCAGUCAGAGGUCAAACAGCUAACGUUAAAUUUGAAUCAGAGACAGGCCAUGGAACAGCCUGGUCCUGCUUCAGAUACACACAUGAUGGACGCAUCAGAAGUUGAAUCUGUGUCAGAGGGCUCACACCCAGUCAAUCAGCGUCACGACAGCGCAUCUACUGCAGAAGAGGAGGAACAGAUCUCUCACAACAGAGUCGAUGAGGUGAAAAAGUGCAGUCAGGCAAAUGAUGGAGCACAGCUUGACAGUGAAUUAAUCAAGACUGCGACGGAUAUUCAGACGGACGCAAAGUCGGGAGAUCAAACGUGCAGUCAGGAACAUGUAGAGGGAAACAGGCUGUAUGCUGAUACCAGCUGUGACAGCAGUAUAGUUCCUAUGGAAAAUGGGAUGCUAUCACUUUCAAAUGAGUCUAGUGGACCUUUGGUAUUCCCAGUCACACCUUUGGAUAAUGUGCUAGAAAGCUCUCCUUCCGUUCUUGAAGGGACAAUAGAAACCGUAUUGACUUUUGAGGACGUGAAAGAUUCCCAUGCCCUCACUCCAAACAGCAAUGAGCAACCAUCAGUCCUGGUUACAAACUAUUCCACAGAGCCAUCGCCUGCUGAUGAUAGUGGUUCAGCUGAGAGUCCAUCAUCCUCUUCCGUCCAGAGCUCCUCUAAAAACUCCCCUACCGAAUCAACAACCACCUCUGGGAUCUCGAAUGGCCGUUCUACCCCCAGUUCCGACACUGUCAGCUCCUCGCUGGCUUCCAGCCCGCAAACUAGUGCCAACUUCUCAGCCCCCUCACAUUCCUUGUCAAGUCCGUAUGACACUGAUUGCAGCCGAAAGCUUAUUUCCCAGAUCCAGCGCUCGCUGUCACAGGAGUCACUGUUGGAUGAGCUAGAGUCAGAGCUGCUGGCCUGCCAACUGAAUGAGGGUGAAAGUGGAGGUGAGAGGAAAGGGAGCCCAACUGUCAAUGGACUGCCUGCAGACCAAGAGGGCUGCAUGGUGGUCUUUGAGAAGUGUGUGCAAUACAAGUAUGCACAGCAGGAAAAAGCUAUUCAGAGGUUGCUUGAGGAGAACAAGAGGCAUCAGGAGCUGAUCCUGGGCAUUUGUUUCGAGAAGGACAACAUGAGGGAUGAACUGAAAAAGAGGACAGAGAUAGAAAAGCAGCACAUGGCCACCAUUAAAAAGUUGGAGGGCAGGGUGGAGGAGCUGCUUAAAGAAGUGAAGGAGUCCCGCGAUAAACUAAUUCACCAGGACCAGACAGCUAAAGCUGCCCUCCAGCAUGUGCAGAAGGAAAUGGCCUGCCGACUGGAACAGGUGAACAAGAAGUGUGACGAGGCACGCCAAGAGAAGGAGACCAUGGUGAUGAAAUAUGUUCGGGGAGAGAAAGAGGCCCUCGACCUGAGACGGGAUAAGGAGGGUUUGGAAAAGAAGUUGAGAGAAGCUACCAAGGAGGUGGACCGCCAGGCCCUCAGAGGAAACCAGCUGGCCCAGGAGAAAGGCCGCCUGCAGCAGCUCUAUGAUGCAAAGGAAAGUGAGGUUAGCAGGUUGACUCGAGAAGUGGAAAAGUUGAAGGAGGAGAUCAACUCCCAUCUUAUCAAGGUCAAAUGGGCCCAGAACAAACUAAAGACUGAGGCGGAGACACACAAGGAAACUAAAGAUAAACUGAGAGAGACCACGUCGAAGUUGAUCCAGGCCAAAGAGGAGACUGAACAGAUCCGUAAGAACUGCCAGGACAUGAUCCGAACAUACCAGGAAUCAGAGGAACUCAAGUCCAACGAGCUGGAUGCUAAACUGCGGGAAACCAAAGGGGAGCUGGAGAAGCACAAGCAGGAACAAACAGACCAGUUAGAGGUGCACAGAGUGAAGGCCAAAGAGCUGGAAGACCUGAAAAGGAGUUACAAAGAGGGGAUGGAUGAGCUCAAUACUCUGCGCACCAAGUUAAAAUGUCUAGAGGACGAGCGUCCACGCUGGGAGGACGAGCUGACCAAGUACAGAGAGAUCAUCAACCGGCAGAAAGCUGAGAUCGGCCGCCAGAGAGAAAAGCUGGAAGAGGUCACUGCGCUUCAGGAGCAGCAUCAACGCGAUAAACAGGAGAUUACGUCUCUUCAAGAGGAAGUGGACAGCCUGACCAGCCAGAUGGCCGACUUCCAGCGUGAUGUACAGGGCAGCAGGGAGCGAGAGGCUGAGCUACUGGGCUUCACUGAGAAGCUGAGUAGCAAGAACGCCCAGCUCCAGUCAGAGAGCAACGCACUACAGUCUCAGUUGGAUCAGCUCACCAGCAGCUUCACGGAGCUCCAAGGGAGGCUAGAGGAGACCAGCAGGCUACUAGACGACAAGUCACGACAGCUGAAACAGGAAGAGAUGCUGAGGCAGCAGGAGGUGCAGGGUCUGCAGGAGGAGCGGACAGCACUGCAGACAGAGGUGGCCCAGCUAAAAACCAAAGUUGAAGAGCUGAGGGAUGAGCUGGUGACUCAGAAAAGGAAACAAGCUGCCAACAUCAAGGACUUGACGAAACAAUUGACACAAGCCCGUAAGAAACUAGAGCAGGCUGAGAAUGGAGGCUGCGACCGGGAUGCCAGCAGCAUGGGCAGUCGCUCAAGUUCCUCAGGUACUACUACUACUGGAUUUGGCUCCUUGAAUGCACGCCAUGGUGGCGGCAGUGGCGUGGAAGAGCGGUUACCAGAUAGCCAGUCGGGUCCUUCAGUGGUGGUUGUGGACAACUUCCCAGAGGUUGACAAGGCUGUGCUCGUGGAUCGGAUUGUCCGUCUGCAAAAGGCGCUGGCUCGCAAGCAGGAAAAAAUUGAGUUUAUGGAAGAUCACAUCAAGCAACUGGUGGAGGAGAUCCGCAAAAAGACCAAGACAGCCUGGUGAACACUGAUGAGCUAACUGUGAGCCUGAAGCAGGUGAUGAAUUUAAGAGGCAAAGAUGCGGAAGCACAAGCUCAGUCUGGCAAAAGGACAGUUAGUGGAAGAAAGUCAGUAGGCUAAUAUUUGUUUUAUGUUACCACAUCCAUACCACUCGGUUGUAUGAUCAUUUCAAUGUUUUUGCAUCUUGAAGCUCAUUUACUGUCAUAUAAAAUUUGUAUACCCACUGUUUCCCAAAGAUCAUAGAGUUAAGAAGUGGAAGAAGAUGUUUGGGUAUCCCUGAUUCAGGAAGUAAAAGUUGCAUUUCGAUAAGAAACAGCCAAUUGCAGAGCUUCAAACUGUGACGCUUGCAGUGCUCACCGCAGGCGGAAGCUGAAGAUUGAAGGAACAAAACUUAGGCAACAGUUAAAUCUGCAGCUUGGAUUCUGUGUCAUUUUUGGAUAAAUUCAACAACAAUGCUGUUUUGUUCCAGCGCCGUGUUCACAUCCUGCUGGGAAGUGAAAGACAGGCUAUUGGCCGCAGUGUUCAUACAGUAUACGUGAUUUGUAGUAAAUGAGCUAAAACAUGCAAAAAUUGCAGCAUGAUUCUUCAAGGGCAAUGAUGUCCGUCCUUCAGUAGCCACACCUGGUUAUCAUGACGAUUAAGUCUAAACGGUCCGUCCGUGUGACUUGAAUUAAAAUGAUGCUGAUACAGAGCAGGAGGAGACCUUCUGUGUAGGUGCUGUACAUGUCUAUUUAUCUUGACAGCAUCCCUUUUGCUCUGUUAGUUUUGUAAUCAAUGGCAACUGCAAAUCAGAGCAAUAUAAGCUCUGUUGUAGGCUAAUAUGGAUCCACAUCUGCUCAGUGUGUUAUAUAUAUUUUAAUGAAUCCUUUCAAGGUUAUCUGGAAUUUCUGUUCUGCUGCCAGUCAGACUUUGAGGUUCUUUAUGCUUUUGAUUUUUCUUGAUAAGUAGCCUGAGCUUGUGACUGUGAUCUUUGAUGAGGAUAUAUUUAGAUUCCUUAAGAUUUGAUCAUAAGUAUCCACAUUUAUUGAACACAGAGCAACAAAAAGCCUUCAACAUGAAACUGUUAAUUGCUCUCUUACAGUCAUGGUUUCAGUCUGUGUAGUUCUGAAUGUGAUUAGGAUAAAACAUGGCUUUGAUAAUUGAAAGGUUUUCAGAUCAGAGGCGUAUCUUUCUUUCUUUGCAUCUUCUCUUUAUGUCUUGCCACUUUUUGGGCACAAGGUUUAGCUGCUUUAAGAACUAUAAUUAUGGUCCAACACAGCAGUUGUCACCCUCCCUUCAUGCAUGCUUGACUUGACUUGCCGCCCUCAUUGCUUAUGCUGUCACAAGCUAGCAAAAAAGUAUAUAUUACUCAGAUUUACACACACACACACACACACACACUGACCUCUGCAUGCCGUUCAGCACCACCAUGUCGCCACAUCCUUAAUUUGUCGCUUUUUUGUUUUUACUAAACACUGUCGUGAUGGAACUGGGGUCCAAAUAUGGACCCAUGCAAGUCUAGUCAGAGGUAAGUCUUGUUUUAUGUCUGUGCAAACCCAGGUGGUGUGUGUGUGUGUGUGUGUGUGUGUGGAUGAUUUAUGAUGGUGGCUUCUUUGUAGUGCUUGCGUAGCCGCUGUUUCAUUUCAGUUAUUUUUUGCACCAUAUUUGCUUAUUUGUUAUUUGCUUAUUUGUUAGUUUCUAAUGCAAACACUGCAAUGUUUUAGAUUUAUGUAGCACAUGCUGUAGAUAUUAUAGCUUAUAGAUAAGACUAACAAUACCAAGACUUCCUCUUUCACAGUACACUUGUAGUUUGCAAAUUUAAUAUCUUAAGUAAAAUCCAAGUGGCCAAAGUAAGAUCUUUUAGUGGAUGUGGUUUGACAGGCACAUUUACCCCCAAUGAUUGCGUUGCAGCCUUUGCAGCCUGUUUAUUAGCUGCUGCCUGAGGCCGUCUGCUGGACCAGUUCCAACAUUAUUUUUACCUAUUAGUCAUUUGGUCCCUGGAAUUACCCUUAAAAGAAAUAGUUGUAUUCAUCUGUGGUAUACCAGGUAUUUUUCUGUUUUUUUUUAUUCUUUAUUUUUAUUUUUGAUAUCUCAGUAGUAGUCGUAGUAGUAGUAAUGGUUACAGUUGUUGUAGUAAGUAGAAAUAGCAACACUGAGGUAUCUACACUUGUGUUGUCUUUUUGAGAAUCUUUCCGCUCUACAAGUCAGACUUUUGUAGAGAAAUACUUAUCUUUAUUAAGUGGAAAUCUUAAGUCAGGAACAUCUAGUUGCUCCGAACUCAUCUUGCAGCUGUUCCAAAAAACAAAUCACUCUCCGGCACACCUUCGAUUUUAGCCAGACAAUGGCGGUAUGUGUCUGAAUGUUUCAGGUCAGUGCUUAGGGUAUGCAGCUGGGAUGAGAGCAGGUUUAAAUUAUUGAUUAAUACUGAUCAGUCUCAGCAGAUGUACAGGAGGUUGUUGACCUUUUCUGUCGGAACCUGUGCAACUCCUCUUCAUCUGCUCAAACUCAGUCUUUGUCUCAACCAUCCACAGGUUUAUUUUAUCUCUGUCGACACAAACAUAGUUUGUCCUCAACUCUGUAUUGUUGCUGACAUGAAAGAGACUUAUUUCACUUUCACACAUAGACACAAACACAGGUGUGUAGUUGAUUAAUUGAAUCCUUGCAUCCCGUUCUGAUGCUGCCGUUUUCAUUACCUUCCCCUAACCUUCCUAACUAUGACUGAAUGCAUCCAGUGCACAUGAGUUCAAUAAGCCAUCACGUUGGAAUUACUAUUCCAGAAACGUCUGCUGCUUUUGCUGCUGGAAACGGUUUUAUUGCUCUGUAGGAGCUCUCCAUGCCUCCACCUAUAAAUCCCACUUUCUCAAUUUUCUUUGCUCAACAGUCUCCAGCCGAGGCCACGCAUUCACUUCGUCUUCCCCUCCUUUUGAGACGCACCAUUUCACUCACUCACACCCCUCCCCCUCUUC